CCAAUCCAAAUUCCAAACGGCUUGGAGGAAUAUCUUUGGAGACUAUAGUCACUGUUAACAGUGGAGUACACAGACAGGAGCAGAAAAGGGUAGGAAGGGAGUCGGAGAGGCUGCAAUAAUUUGGGGAAAAAAAAGAUGGAAAAAAUUGCACCGUUGCGGGUCUGGUAGGAAGAUUUUCAGCCAACUUCUUCGCUUCUGUCGUCAUUUCGUAGAUUUGGUAUAUUGGUAUAACUUAUCCCAAGAUGUGAAUAAUUACAAGCCAAAGCAGAAUAAAUUUCAAAAUUAAUUACAAGCCAAAGCAGAAUAAAUUUCAAAAUUAAUUUAAAAAGAUAAUUUAUACUUAAUAAAGUGGAGAAGAUCGGCGUGGGAAGAGAACAAAGUGGGAGAAUCAGGGGACGGGCCAAUGAAGGGCGCGGUUGGCGGUGGAGGUGGUGGCUCCUCUUAUACUCUUCCGGGGAAGAGGCGAUGGAAAGGUCUGGUAAUUGGGGUGUUGGGCCUCGUAUUGCUUUCGAUGCUGGUUCCCCUGGUCUUCUUGCUCGGCCUUCACAAUAGUUUCCAAUCUCAUUCUGGGUUCGACUCUGGACAACAGAUUUCUGGCACUAAUGAUAUUACAAUUUUUGGUCAAACUAGUGAUGCCGACACCAAAAACAACUCAACGGAUGAGCAAUCAAGACACGUUGAUGACCUUAUAAGAAGAUUAGAACCUACUCGUCCUAAGGAUUUCAGAAGGAACUCUGUUGAGGAAGCUAAGAACAGAUCAAAUGCUCUUAUUUUGCUACCUGAUAUGCCAAAACCAGGCCUUAAAGCAAAUAAAAAUAUAUCCACAAGUAAAGUCGAGAUGGCUGACAGCAUGAAAGGCAGCAGUGAGAGCAAAAACAUAUGUGAGUUAAGAUUUGGGAGCUACUGCUUAUGGCGUCAAGAGCAUAGGGAACGAAUGAAAGAUCAUACAGUGAAGAAGAUGAAGGACCUGCUUUAUGUAGCUCGGGCAUACUAUCCGAGCAUUGCUAAGCUUUCAGUACUUGACAAGUUGUCACAUGAACUAAAGCAAAAUAUUCAGGAUUUUGAGCGGGUUCUCAGUGAGACUACAGCUGAUAAAGAUCUCCCUCCACAGAUUGAAAAGAAGCUGGAUAAGAUGGAAAGUACAGUAGCCAGAGCCAAAUCUCACCCUGUGGACUGUAAUAAUGUUGAUAAAAAAUUUCGACAGUUAGUUGAUUUAACAGAGGAUGAAGCAAACUUCCACAUGAAGCAAAGUGCUUUCCUAUACCAACUUACAGUUCAGACCAUGCCUAAGAGUCUUCACUGUCUGUCAUUACGGUUAACUGUGGAGUAUUUUAGAUCUCCUCCACCUGAUAUGGAACUUCUGCUUGCUGACAAGUUUCAAAACCCAGAUCUGCAUCACUUUGUUAUAUUCUCUAAUAAUAUACUAGCAUCAUCAGCUGUAAUUAACUCAACUGUAAUGAAUUCAAAAGAAACCUCGAGUCAAGUUUUUCAUGUGCUGACAGAUCGACAGAAUUACUUUGCUAUGAAAUUAUGGUUCUUCCAAAAUAAGUACAAGGACGCCACAGUCCGAGUUUUGGAUAUUGAAGGUCUGAAGUUGGAUGAGCAUGAGAAGUUGUCUCAAGUCCAUCAAUUGCUGCCUGAAGAAUUUCGUGUUUCGUUUCGUUCUGUUGACAAAUUGUCAAGAGUUUGGGUUCAAACUGAAUAUUUUUCUCUUUUUUCACAGUCCCACUAUCUUCUUCCUGAUAUAUUCCCCACACUGAGGAAAGUUAUGAUUUUGGAUGAUGAUAUUAUUGUCCAAAAAGAUUUGUCAGCACUUUGGAGCCUUGACAUGGGUGAGAAAGUGAUUGGUGCUGUGAUGGUUUGCACAGUGAGAUUGGUGCAGCUGCAGAGAUUAUUGGGUGAGAAUAAUUUUGAUGAACAAUCUUGUGCCUGGAUGUCUGGAUUGAAUAUCGUUGAUUUAGGCAGAUGGAGGAAGCUCGAUCUUACUAAAAGUUUUGAAAGAUUAGUUCUUAAGGUGAGCUGAAAUUUUUUCAUGUUGAUUUCCUGUAGUCUGCUUUCAUUAGGUACGUAUGUCAAGUAAUAUGGUUUUGAUUAUUCUGUGGUGGGAAGAUAUGCUAAAAUGUGAAAAGUAUGCCAAUUAUAUUUUGGUUAGAUUAUAAUAUACCUCCGGUUUAGUAGACCUACCUAUGAGCAUUUUAUGGUUUGAUAGCUACAUUUUGCCCCCUUAAAGUUGGGACCAUCAAGUAACACAGAGAAAUAGGUAAUAAAACUGGAUUUUUUUUGGAAGUGGCUAAAUUCAUC